GGAAGUUGUUGGUAUUCAACAGUUAGUUAAAUGACGUGGAGCACCAUGGACACGACCAACGGAUGUCUGCUAACAACUUCAUAAACUAUGAGAAGAACAGUGACUGCGUCUUUGGAUACCUCUUGAUACCGGGUUCCUUCACAAUUUAGAGAUUGAACUUUGACUUUGAAACUAGUUCUUCAUCCAGGAAUCAUCACCUUGCUCUCCGGUGGCUAGCCCGCGAGCUAACAGGAACAGCUCCUCUGCUGUAGCUGGUAGCUAUCUGAAGAUCUGAAGUCAGCCUGUUUCAAGUCAGAUAUUACACCACCACUGCUGCUAAAACAUGACAAGCACCAAGGACUUGACUAACCAACGUUGAGGUGCUUUAAUCAACAGAAACAGCAGUAUUUAGCUUCCUUACACUAGCUCCAGCUACCUGUGAAGAUGAGCUCUCUGCUGCGAGGUGAAGAGAUGUGUCUGGCCCAGCUGUUCCUGCAGUCUGGGUCUGCAUACGACUGCAUCAGUGAACUGGGAGAACUGGGACUGGUGGAGUUCAGAGACCUCAAUCCCAGUGUUAACUCCUUCCAGCGGAAACAUGUCAAUGAGAUCAAAAAAUGUGAAGAGAUGGAGAGGAUCCUUGGAUACCUUCUGAGGGAAGUCAAGAAAGCCGACAUUUCACUGCCAGAAGGAGACGUGAACCCAGUGGCUCCUUUACCCAAGCACGUCAUGGCUAUAAUGGAGCAGCUGCAGAGGCUAGAAGUCGAGUUAGGUGAAGUCACCAGGAAUAAAGAGAAGCUGCAGAGGAAUCUGCUGGAGCUGACCGAGUACACACACAUGCUGCGCGUCACCCGCAGCUUUGUACAGAGAACAGCCGAGCGAGAGCCCCUACAAGUUCAGUAUGAGGAAUUUCCCUUCUUAGAAAAAGACACAAUGAUGGACUACAGCAGCAUGCAGAGACUCGGAGCCAAACUGGGUUUCAUUUCUGGGCUUAUUAAGAGAACGAAGAUCGAGGCCUUUGAGCGGAUGCUUUGGAGAGUAUGUAAAGGAUACACCAUCCUCAGCUAUGCUGAGGUCGACGAGUAUUUGGAAGAUCCUGACACGGGUGAGCCAACCAAAAGUGUGGUGUUCCUGAUCUCUUACUGGGGAGACCAAAUUGGUCAGAAAGUGAAGAAGAUCUGUGACUGCUACCACUGUCACUUGUAUCCCUAUCCCAGCAGCAACGAAGAGAGGAAUGAUGUUGUGGAAGGACUAAGAACUCGCAUUCAGGACCUGCACACAGUACUUUAUAGGACAGAGGACUACCUGAAACAGGUCUUGAUGAAGGCCUCAGAGUCCGUCUACACCUGGGUCAUCCAGGUCAAGAAGAUGAAGGCCAUCUACUAUAUUCUCAACCUGUGUAGUUUUGAUGUCACUAACAAGUGUCUGAUCGCUGAGGUGUGGUGUCCUGUCGAUGACAUUCCCACGCUGCGGAGGGCCCUAGAAGAAGGAUCGAGAAAAAGUGGAGCGACAGUUCCUUCCUUUGUCAAUCGUAUCCCCACCAACGACACCCCCCCCACCCUGAUAAGGACCAACAAAUUUACCUCUGGCUUCCAGAACAUUGUGGACGCCUAUGGAGUGGGCUGUUACAGAGAGGUUAACCCUGCUCCUUUCACAAUCAUCACUUUCCCGUUCCUGUUUGCUGUGAUGUUUGGGGAUCUGGGUCAUGGAGCGAUCAUGGCUCUGUUUGCUCUCUGGAUGGUUCUGUACGAGAACAACCGCAAACUUAAAAACACCAGGAAUGAGAUCUGGAACACCUUCUUUGAGGGGCGAUAUAUCAUCCUGAUGAUGGGCCUGUUCUCCAUCUACACUGGCCUCAUAUACAACGACUGCUUCUCAAAGUCCCUUAACAUCUUUGGUUCUGGAUGGAGCGUGAAGGCCAUGUUCGAUGCCCAGGUGUGGAAGGAAGAUGAUAUCCAUGGGAAUCAUUUUCUCACUCUGGAUCCAAAUGUUACGGGAGUUUUCCGCAGACCGUACCCUCUGGGAAUUGACCCGAUUUGGAACUUGGCAACGAACCGCCUUACAUUUCUGAACUCCUAUAAGAUGAAGAUGUCCGUGAUAUUGGGCAUCAUACACAUGAGCUUCGGGGUCAUCCUCAGCACUUAUAAUCACUUGCACUUCAGGAAGAAGCACAACCUGUACUUGGUAUUUCUCCCUGAGCUCCUGUUCCUGCUGUGUCUGUUUGGCUACCUGGUGUUCAUGAUAGUCUACAAGUGGCUGUUCUUCAACGCUAACAACUCCAGACAGGCUCCAAGCAUCCUCAUCCACUUCAUAAACAUGUUCCUCAUGCAGGGUGAUGCUGUGCAGCCCCUCUACCCAGGACAGACUGGCCUGCAGGUAUUUCUGGUGGUCAUGGCUGUUCUCUCAGUGCCUGUGUUACUCCUGGGGAAACCCGUCUACCUUUAUUGGCUUAGUAAAGGAAGCCAGCGCCUAGGAAUGUACAGGGGAUAUGAGCGUGUACGGCGUAACAGUGAAGAGGAGCUCUGCCUGAUGAGGGAUCACGACAUGGAGGAGGGCAGCAGUCACAGCGAUCUCUCCACUAGCGGAGAGCACCAGACAAAGGAGUUUGACUUUGGAGAUGAGUUCCUGCAUCAGGCCAUUCACACUAUAGAGUAUUGCCUGGGAUGCAUCUCCAACACAGCCUCCUACCUAAGGCUUUGGGCUCUGAGCCUGGCACAUGCCCAGCUAUCGGAGGUGCUGUGGGCCAUGGUGAUGCGAGUAGGACUACGAAUGGACACCAGGCUCGGGGUUUUAUUCCUGGUGCCUGUGUUUGGCCUCUUUGCCGUUCUCACUGUGUCCAUCCUCCUGGUAAUGGAGGGUCUGUCUGCAUUCCUUCAUGCCCUCCGGCUGCACUGGGUGGAGUUUCAGAAUAAAUUCUACAGUGGGACUGGAGUCAAGUAUUGCCCCUUUGCCUUCUCUCUCCUGCCCUCCAGCUUUGAGAACGAGGGGUUACUGUGAAGGGACUAUCUGGUAAUACUGUUAGGUGGUAAACGGAGCUAAAAGAAGUCAUGAGGGUAUUUUGAUUUUUCUUGUCAUCUUUUAAAAAUGUGUUAUGUUAAGAGAUUUUAUGGUCGGCCUCACAAACUUUGGACUGAAACGCGCUGCCCUCCCAACAGUUUCAAGAACUGAGAAAUGUUUUCUUAUUGCAAAUGUAUGUAACACGUGGUAUUUUGUACCAGGAUCAGUUUGCUUCACUGCAGGUUGAAAUGUGAGGCUCAAAUUUAAAAUGUACCUCAUACCUAAAACCAUCAAUUUUCUAAUGAGGCAUUCAUUAUUGGUGACAGUUGUUGUUUGUUGUCAGUUGUAUGGAAAACCACAUUUGCCAAAUUUGGAAUAAAUUAGUAAAGGAGAGAUAUGAUUUUAGUAUGAGAUAACUUAAAAUAAAUAAGUAAAUGGAUGACCUGAACACUUGUUAGGAUAAAUGUAUUGCUGGUUUUGGUGUUUUCAUGGGAUUUACUCAUCAAAUAAAAAAAACAAAAAUUAACAUCCACCUUUACCUUUUUAAGAAAAAAAUAUUAUCCUAUUUAUUAAUUUACAUGUCCCUACAUUUCUACUUCUCUGUAUCUAGUUAUUUUUGUCAUUAAUUUUUGCACAAUUGUGUAUAUUAAUGCAGUUAUUUUUAGUUUUUUCAUUUUUUGGCAGAUCUGGUUUCCAUACACUGGAUAGUGAGCCACCUUUCACUUCCAUAGUUCUUGCUCAACUCUCUGUUGCACUGACUGCCUUACAGAAGUACAAACAAAUGACAGCUUCCUGCAUCAUUCUUUCGUUUCCCUUGUGUUCUUACUUUGUGGUACCAAAACACUGCGAAGGAUCUGUGACUUGCCAGUAUUGAAAAGUGCUCGGGCAGGUGUGUGAUGAGAUGUAUAUACUUUUACAAAAUUAUUUUUUAAUUUAUUACAUUUUAAUAUGUAUCAGAAUUAAAGAUGAAUGUUAAUGGGGAUAUGAUUUUUACUUUUAUGCAUUCACAAUGUUGCCUAUGCAUCUGCCACUUACAAUUUAACAUUCCACGCAUCUGUUGACUGAGCUCUGUUGACUCUGGUCCUAUAUCCAUAUUCAACACAGUGGCCGGGCUGUAUUAAAUCUUAUUAGAAGUACACUGAAUUAUGUACUAAUGUCAGGCAUUAUUAGUUUUUGCUAUUUCUGUGAAGCUGUUAGUAUCGUAUGGAUUGAUAUUGGGAUUUUUGUUAAGGGAAGGAGACUUAAUUAUUCAUCGUUGCAAUAUUGAAAUCGAGAUUGAGAUUAGUCACUGGCAACACAAUUUGCUACAGUAAGAUACUGCCACACAUUGAAAAGUCAUGACCUUGUGUCAAGUUUUAACAGUGGAACAAUAUGGUAUUAAAUCUUAAUACAAGCGGCUCUUUUAUUGAGGCAAGUGAUGUUUGAUUAGCAAUUAUUUGUGUAGUUAACAUUAAAUUGUUAUAUGGGUUGGUUGAAGGUAUUUAAAUUGAUUCUAACGCAGCCCUAAUCCUGCCAUUCAUUUCAGUUCAUUUCAGUUCAUUUCAUCAGUUCUAAUUCUUUUGAGAAAAUCAUCUUCAUGUCAAUAAUAAAUUGUAUUUGUUUUUUUCUGUCAAAACCCAUAACUGCAUUCUUUAUUGUAUCUGGGUUUAGAACAACCCCAUUUGUCCCUCUUCAUGUAGCAUCAUUUUAUGUUUAAGACCUUUCAACUUAGAAUGUGAAAUAACAUCAUGCAUUGUACAUAAAUACAAUCUGUAGUUCUG